UUACAUUCGUUUCGCCGCAUUCCGUCGUUGGCCAGUGUUUCAGCCUGCAUUUGACCUUAUUCUCCGUCGCAAUUGAUUCUUUGGUCCUUGUUCCUUCCUCCCGUACAGCAGCAGUCUUGAGAGCAACCGCUUGUUUUCCAUCUCAAUUUCGCAGCCAUGGAUGUCCCCGAACCCGAACAGACUCCGUUUAUGGCAGUGACGGCGCAGACCUCGAAGCUGAACAGGCAAUACCAAACCUAUCUCGAUGCUUCGACUCCCUUCACUGCCUAUCGCUGGACUGGAACCGCUGUCCUCCUCCUCCUCUUCUUUCUGAGAAUCGUUGUUGCCCAAGGAUGGUACAUUGUUGCCUACACCCUCGGAAUCUACCUCCUUAACCUCUUCCUUCUCUUCCUGCAACCCAAGUUCGACCCCUCCCUCACCCAAGACGAAGGCCUGGAAGACGGCGAAGGCGCCGGUCUCCCCACCAAGCAGGACGACGAGUUCCGCCCCUUCAUCCGCCGUCUUCCCGAAUUCAAGUUCUGGCACUGGGCUACCCGGGCCAUUGCGAUCGGUUUCGUGUGCUCAUGGUUCUCGGUCUUUGAUAUUCCGGUGUUCUGGCCUGUUCUUGUGGUUUAUUGGAUUAUUCUUUUCGUUCUGACGAUGCGCCGCCAAAUCCAGCACAUGAUCAAGUACCGCUACGUUCCCUUUUCGUUCGGAAAGACCAAGUAUGGUCGGUCGUAAGGGGCUUCUACCGAGUUUGAUUGAUAAUUGAAACGGUCCGUGUCUUCACAUUGGAGGUUCUCUUUCUUCAUAUUUGCCAGUAAUUCGACCCUCCAUGUUCGUUACGACUCUCCUAGAUCUUUAUGGACAUAACCGAAGCGUGUGAAAAGGGAGGAGUUUCGCUAUGUAUCUCUAUUGAUUGAUGAUGACCGUUCGGGAUCUGAAUUUCAUGAGCCUACUUGCUUUAAUUACAU